AUGGAGCUGAAGGAUAAAACGUUACUAAUCGACAAAAAUUACAUCGAAGGGAAGUGGCAGUCUUCAGUGACUGGCGAGGUAUUCGAAAUCUUUGAUCCGGCCUCCGGCUUAGGAAUUGGCACCUGCCCGGAAUCCUCGACAAAAGAUGUCGAAGCAGCCAUUGCAGCUGCUGAGGCUGCAUUCCAGUUCUGGGGUUCGACGAUGCCCAGAGAGCGCGCGAGAGUCCUCCGCCGUUGGGCUGAGCUGAUCUUGGAGAAUGAAGAUGAUGUUGCCUUGAUCAUAACUCGGGAGAACGGCAAGAUAUUUGCGGAUGCACGGAAGGAGGUUUUAAUGGCAGCUCAAUAUCUUGAGUGGUUCUCCGAAGAAGCACCACGCAUCUAUGGUGAUACCAUCUCCCCGAGCUCUUCAAGCCUUGCUGAAAUCACCGUGCGAAAAGAGCCGAUUGGUGUCUGUGGGUUGAUCACACCCUGGAAUUUCCCGGCCGCCAUGGUCACUCGUAAGAUUGGGCCUGCUCUAGCCGCAGGCUGUACAGUUGUGCUUAAAUCUGCCGGCGAAACGCCGUUGACGGCCAACGCACUUGUGGCAUUGGGUGUCAGGGCAGGAAUACCGAAAGGUGUUGUCAAUGUUGUCAGUGCAAUGUCUAAUACCGUUGAGGUUGGAUCAGUUAUUUGCCGAUCGAACAUUGUGCGCAAGAUCUCAUUCACUGGUUCCACUAGAGUUGGCAAGCUUCUCAUGGAACAGUCGAGCCCAACGUUGAAGAAGCUCAGCCUUGAACUAGGCGGCAACGCCCCUUUCAUCGUGUUCGAGGACGCCGAUCUUGAUAUUGCCGUCUCGAGCCUGCUCAACAACAAGUUUAGAUGCUCAGGCCAGACUUGCGUUUGUGCCAAUCGCAUCUACGUCCAAGGCAGCAUCUUUGAAAGAUUCCAAGGGAAGCUAAAGAAGGCCAUCGCUGGUUUGAAGCUGGGACCAGCUUCUAGUCCACAGUCUACCAUGGGUCCUCUGAUCACUUCUGCCGCUGUAAACAGAGUCUCCGCUCUUGUGAACGAUGCCGUUCAAAGUGGCGCUGAAAUUAUUAUAGGAGGUGAAUGUUGCGCGGAUCUUGGCCCUUGCUACUAUAAACCUACAAUAUUGACGAAUAUGAACCCCACUAUGCGGAUCGCGCAAGAGGAGAUUUUCGGUCCUGUUGCCUGCCUGUUUCCGUUCGAUUCUGAGCAGGAUCUUAUUAAAAAGGCCAACGAUUGCGACGUCGGUCUCGCAGCCUACCUAUUCACACAGACUCUGGACCGUAUUUCUAGGUUGUCUAGAAACCUCCAAUUCGGCAUGAUAGCCAUUAAUACUGGUAUUGUGGCGGAUCCUGCAGCACCAUUUGGUGGUGUGAAACACUCGGGCUUAGGUAGAGAAGGGAGUAAAUAUGGCAUAGACGACUAUGUGCAGCUCAAGUCAAUAGUCACUGGUAGUGGGUCUUAA